GAGUGAUACGUUUAUAAUGUGAGAGUGAGACAUUUUAAUACUCAUAAGUGACGCGAAUUUUAGUGAAUUGUCAACCAUGGCGAACCAUGGCGCCUCUAUUAAAUCUAUAGUAUCCAGUACAAGGAUUAUGUUCAGUCUUCUGCCUGGAAUGGGAGCGCUAAUACUAAUAAGAAUGUUGAUUCAUCUCUACCGAACAGACAUUGAAGACAUCGAAAAUCGGAUACCAGAUACUCCCGCUGAUCAGUUAUACGAUUAUUAUGACUUUAUUAUCGUUGGGGCGGGUUCAGCCGGUUCGGUUCUUGCAGCUCGUCUAUCAGAAAAUAAGGACUGGAAGAUUCUGUUGCUUGAAGCCGGCCAAAAUGAAAAUGUGCUAUCGGAAGUCCCGGCAAUGUUUCCUGUGCUCCAAACCUCAGCGAUAGACUGGCAGUUCGUGACAGAACCCAGCGGUGAUUAUUGCCUGAGCAUGAUAGGAAAGAGGUGCAAAUGGCCAAGAGGCAAGCUGUUGGGUGGGUCAAGUGCAAUUAAUGCUAUGCUUUAUAUUAGAGGAAACAAAAAGGAUUAUGACUACUGGGCUAGCCUAGGAAAUGAAGGCUGGUCUUACGACGAAAUAUUCAAAUACUUUUUAAAAGCAGAGGAUAUGAGGAUACCUGAAUAUCAAAAUGAUCCCUACCAUGCCACCGGAGGUCCUUUGACGGUGGAAUAUUUCAAGUACCAACAACCAAUUACGAAAAAGGUGUUGGAGGCUGGUGAGCAGUUAGGUUAUAAAAUAUUAGACGUAAAUGGUGAGACACAAUCGGGAUUUACGAGAUCACAUGCCACAGUCAGGGAAGGACUGCGAUGCAGUACCGCAAAAGGUUAUUUGAGGCCAGCAUCUAAAAGAUCUAAUCUACAUGUUAGCCUUCAUUCGUUUGUAGAAAAAGUUCUUGUAGAUGAAAACAAGUCAGUAUAUGGAGUACAAUUUAAAAAACAUGAUGAGACGCGCAUUAUCAAAGCAAGGAAGGAAGUAAUAUUAUCAGCUGGGGCUAUACAAUCGCCACAAUUAUUGAUGCUGUCCGGAAUCGGUGAUGCAGAGUACCUAAAAGAACUUGGAAUUUACCCUUUGGUUAAUUUACCUGGAGUUGGAAGAAAUCUUCAAGACCAUGUAGCGAUGGGCGGGCAUUCAUUUUUGUUCGACAACCCGUUUACAAAUGGGUCUGACUACAGUUUUAACUUAAAUUCAGUGGCAUCCUUGAGUACAUUAAUCGAUUUUUCUAUUCACAAAGAAGGACUUUUGUAUAGUAUGAUGGAGGCAGAAGCGAUGGCUUUCGUGAAUACCAAAUAUAAUCCAGAAGAUGACUAUCCAGACAUACAAUUCUUUAUUGCGCCAACUGCGGAUAACAUGGACGGUGGAUGGUUUGGAAAACGUGCUAAUGGACUUACUGACGAAACAUAUGCUGAGCUCUACGAAGACAUUUUGUAUGAUUCGUCAUUUUCUAUCGUCCCAUUACUACUUCGACCAAAAAGUAGAGGCUACCUGCGGCUUCGUGAUUCGAAUCCAUAUUCAGCACCACUCAUUUAUCCAAAUUACUACACACACCCUGACGACGUUAAAAUUAUGAUUGAAGGGGCGCGAAUUGCACAGAUUUUGACGGAGCAACCAGCUUUACAAGAAUUAAAUACAAGGCCCAAUCCUCACCGUAAUCCAGGGUGUGUGAAGUACGAUCUAAUGUCAGACGAACAUCUGGAAUGCCAAGCGAGACACCACACUCUAACGAUAUACCACCCAGUCGGUACCUGCGCUAUGGGACCACUGGAGGACGAAAACGCUGUUGUCGAUCCUAGAUUACGGGUGUACGGAAUCAACAAACUCCGAGUGGUCGACGGAAGCGUCAUGCCAACUAUAGUGAGCGGCAACACUAAUGCACCAAUUAUUAUGAUUGCUGAAAAGGCAUCGGAUAUGAUUAAAGAAGAUUGGGCGUUCGAGACAGAAUACCCAUGUGAAAUCUCUGAUACAUGUUAUAGACAGGCAGAGGAGACUACUAAGACUUACAACGAAAGCUACAACAUGGCAAAACCAAAAGUACCCUUAGACGUAUUUAAUGAGACAACAGCCUUAUUUCCUAACAUUCCUUUAGAAGGUCUCAAACCGAAAAUAAUAGUAAACAAAAACAAAAUUAAUUCGCCGAAAAACGAGAAACGAACUAAGCAAAAUAAUUAUUAUAAUUACCAUCCGAUAAAUAGAUACCAAGAUAAUAUGAGCUCCAGACAGAUUUUUAAUCCCAUAGUCUCUGAUCCAAACCAGUACGCGCUUAAUCCAAAUUUUGCACCGAAAGGUUUUAUAGCUAACUCCAAACAACCAAAUACAGGGCCUUAUUUAAAUCCAAUGUAUCAGAGGACUGGAUCAUCGAUCAUGGAUCAUCCGAUAUAUAGUUACCAAGAUAAUAUAAGUUUUAGACAGAUUUUUAAUCCCAUAGUCUCUGAUCCACAUCAGUGCGCGUUUAAUCCAAAUUUUGCACCGAAAGGUUUUGCAGCUAAUACUAACCAAGCAAAUACAGGGCCUAAUUUUAAUCCAAUUUAUCAGAGGACAAUGGAUUAUAAUCCUUAUUGGAUCCCCCAGUCAGCCUCAUACCAAACUCCUAUAACUAGAGGACUUUACAAUGAGCUAAGAAAUAGAGAAAACAAAAAAUGUCGGCUUUGGUUGAAUUACAAUGGAGCAAAUUAUGAAUUAUUGCAAUAAUAAUAAUAAUUGUUA